AUGUCGCCGCCUCGCUCGCCCACCGCACAUGUCUCCCUCCCCAGCAUCAACGAGCUCUUCCCAGAGCAUCUGCUGACCAACCCUCCGCCGGGAACGCACCCGUACUCGCCCUCGUCCUACAGAACCAGCCCACCAGCGCCCUUUGCGCCUAGCUCGACCCAUAGCAGCCCGAAUAUCCCGCCGAUUGCAGGCAGCAGCGAGCACCCACGGCUGCCCCACAGCAGUGCCUUUGAGUACCCACGGCUGAACGGCGACGCUGCCAUGGCCGCAAUCACUAAGCCGCGUCCAGCAUUCCGCGUCAUGAUGUCACCACACGAGGCAGGGUCUGCGAUGGAUGUCGCACGAUCUCCAGAACUCAGCCACUAUGAGAAUGGUGAUGAACAGCGUCGCCUUGCGUUCCCACCCAACGUGUAUCUGUCCGUCCCCACGACGCCGGCAGGUGUUUCCAGCAUGCAACAGCCUGAUGAGGCGGACAGCGUGCCGGGCUCGGAGGAGAAGCGACACCGCUGCCCACACUGCAACAAGCGGUUCAACCGCCCGAGCAGCCUGAACAUCCACGUGAAUACGCACACGGGCGCAAAACCGUUUGUGUGCCGCUACCCCGGGUGCAACCGCAGAUUCAACGUGAACUCAAACAUGCGCCGGCACUACCGCAACCACCUCACGGCACGCCGCCGCGACGCCGUCGCACGCAUGAUGCCAGAGUCGCCGUCUCCCCCGGGCAUGUCCGCAUCGCCGUCCCGCUCCCCCGAGCCGCCACACCACCCCACCGCGGGCUAUCCCGAUCCAUACGCCCCCGCGCAAUAUCACGCCGAUCCGCGCGGACGCCCCUACCCGGGUCCCGAGUACACCUAUGGGUACACGUACGACUACGACCGGCAGCACGAGCACGAGCACGAGCACGAGCGCCGGGCGUACCCGUACAGCCCCCCGCCGUCCGCGCGCGCGAAGAGCGAGGCGGGCGACGCGGACUUCGGCGUGCCCGAGUCGAGCGUGCGCGACGAGCGCGAGCGGUGCCGGCUGCGCGCGAACAGCUCGCCCGUCCCGCGCUUCCGCGAGGAGCGCACCCGCCCGCGCGCGAGCUCGUGCAACGUCCCGGGCUGCGACUGCGCGACGCCCAUCUCGACCGCGCUGCGGCCGGCCUUUACGGAGACAGAUGGUCGGCCGUUGCCUGCGCCAUCGCCGCUCUCCCGUCCGCUAGCCCGACAGCUGGCAUCCGCAAAAAUGCAGUGUGCAGCCAUAACCACGGACGCCCGCGCAAGUAUUUCUGCUCCGCUGAGCACGGGCGAUCGCACAUGCGGCGCGCGGGCCUUCUCCGACAGUGGGGAGUGUGAAAUUCUGAUGCGGCGCUGGGCUGGGCUGGAGAAGGCAGCUGGGCGCGCGCUGUGGUCGGAUGUGCAGGGUCUGCAGGGUCUGUGGUUGCAGAUAGUGGUGGGCCGCCGGUCACGCGUGGGCAUCAAGGCCAUGGAUGGGCGCGAGAGCGAGCGCACUGCAGACGGAACCGUAGGGCUCGGUGUGGCGAGCGGCGGAUGCGUAGGCAGAAGCGGUGUGCCUCUGAUGAGAUUCGUGCGCGGCGAGAGACAGGGCGUAGUGGGGAGCUUAGGGGACAGGCGUAUGGAGGGCCGGUCCGGGAUCUGUAAGAGGUGCCAUCCGCGGCGGAAAGCAAAGAAGGCCCGGUGGGAGGCUUCUGUCUUCAUUCCGUUGCCACAGGAUCAAACUAUGGUCGUCGUGCCGUACAACGCAGACGAAGACCCUGUCCUAGCCCAUGUAAUUGACGAAGGGCGAGCCUCACCUGACGUUGUGCGAGCGAAUCACGGGGACCUGGAGGGUCCGAUGAAGUGA